UGCCUCUCCCUCUCGGCCACGUUUUGGCAAAGAGCAUGUGCCAUAAGGAAAUUGUGAAAACCAUUCUAAUUGUGCGGUGCUGUGUUGUGUUUGUAAUUCCGUGUGCUUGAAUUUGUUUACAAUGAAAUAGCCAAUGAGAAAAGUGUAGAGAGAAGCUGCGGUGCUAGAGAAACAAUUGCGGCAAAGGAUACCCCGGCGGUGAAUGCAAGUGGUGGCCCGCGAACGAAAGAACACCAUGCUGGAGGUCAACAAAAUACUGGAGAAGUGCGGGGACUGCAAUCGGUUGCAGUUCCUGAUGCUCUUCCUAUUCAGCUUCAUCAACGUGCUGUCUGCCAUGCACUACUAUUCGCAGACAAUCAUCACAUUUUUACCCAAAUAUUGGUGUGCCGAUGGCUUGGCCUCGGCCGAGGAGGCGCCUUCAAAGUCCAGCUGCCUGCCCAUAGACUACAACGAAACGUCCUCCGACAGUUGUGAGCGCUACGACUACGAACUCUACAUGGGCUACGAGAGCUAUGCCAGCGAUAUGGGAUGGAUAUGCGAUCAGGCCUGGAAGCUAACCAUCGGCCAGUCCAUGUUCUUUGUCGGCUCUGUGGUUGGCACAUUAUUGCUGGGCUAUCUGGCCGAUAGAGUCGGACGCUUACCCAUCCUGAUUGUGGCCAAUGUGAUAGCCAUGGGGGGCAACAUGCUGACCAUCUUCGGCACCACCUUGCCCCUCUUCUGCCUCUUCCGCUUAAUAUCGGGCUUUGCCACAGACAGCAAUUUUGUAAUGAUGUACAUAUUGGUCAUGGAAUACAUGCGUCCCUCGCUGCGCACUGUAGGCCUCAGCAUUUGUAUUGGCAUCUUCUAUUGUGUGGGGUCCAUGGGCGCACCCUGGAUCGCGGUGCUGGCCCGCACCUGGCGUGGUUUCUUGAUCGCCACUUCGCUGCCCUUUGCCCUGGUGCCGCUCUUCUAUUUCAUUGUGCCUGAGAGCGUUCAGUGGCUGAUCUCGAAGCAGGAGUACGAGAAGGCUGUGGCCUGCCUCAAGCGAGUGGCCCGCAUCAAUGGGCGCCAGGUGGAGGAGAGCGCCUACCAGGAGUUUAUUGAGGAAUGCAAGUUCAGUCAACAGCACCUGAAGGUGGCACCCAACCUGCUGGACCUCUUCAAGACGCCGCGCCUGCGCCGCAACACGUUAAUUUUAUUCUUCAAGUCCAUGGUUAUUACACUCUGCUACGAUGCCGUCUCCCGCAAUGUCCAAGGUCUUGGCAUUUCGCCGUUCGUCAUGUUCACGCUGAGCGCCACGACCAUACUGCCUGCCUGCCUGGUAAUAAUUCUGCUGCAAGAUCGGAUCGGACGCAAGGCAAUGGCUUCCAUUUCGUUGCUGUUGAGUGGCAUUUUCAUUUCGGUGACGGGCGCCAUACUCUUUGCUGUUGCCUCCAGCGCAGAACGCAGUGCCACCUUGCUCGUCACACUCUCGGUUAUCGGUCGUUUUGGCAUUACGGUCGCCUACAACUCGGCCGCUCAGUACGCCACCGAGCUGAUUCCCACUUGUGUGAGGGGUCAGGGCGUGGGUGCUGUCCAUGUCAUGGGCUAUGCCUUCACAUUCUUCAGCGCCUUCAUUUUGUACACCCGGACUAUAUUUUCACCACUGCCCGAAAUUAUUCUGGGCUUCAUUUCACUGCUGGGCGCAGGCCUGUGUCUGCUGCUGCCAGAGACACUGCAUCGGACUCUGCCCACGUCCUUGGAGGAUGGCGAGAAGUUUGGCAAAAAUGAGAAAUGGUACACGUUCAGUUUUAUGGAGAAGCGGACUCAGUCAGUGGCUGCAUUAGCCACGCAGAAUUCUACAAUGAAAUCACAUUCCAAUUCUGUCGAUUCGGCGGCUUACUUUUAAAAACAACAUCUUCAGAAUUGCAUUCUACUUAUUUUCUUUUGUUACUUCGUUGGUGAUAUUUGUUUUAUAGAUAAUGUAAAUAAAUGUAAUUAAUUGUAAGCUUA